AUGCCACACCAUCCGUUCGCACCCGAGGACGUGCCGUACAUGCAGGCGUACAGCCAUGUUUUGCUCGAGAAUGACUAUCAAACGUACCAGCUCUUGUGUCGUCUCACCGCAGUGGAUUCGCCGACGUUCCACAAGUACGGGAAGAAGCCUCCCAUGGAUGUGCUCGAUUUGGGAUGCGGGGAGGGUUUUUGGGUGCUGCACGCGGCGAAGUUGUGGAAAUCGUAUGGCACGAAGGUGACGGGAUUCGACCUCAUCGACCUGCACAACAAUGAGGUCGGGGAAGUCCGUCCUUCCAUGGAGCCAGCGUAUGUGCCCAAGAAUGUCACUUGGAAGCGCGGAAACUUCCUACACGAGAGACCGCCUUUCCCAGACGAGUCAUUUGACCUCGUCCGCAUGGCGAACCUUUCCCUUUGCAUUCGCGAACACGAGUGGCAACAUGUCUUCGAGCAGGUCUGGCGUAUCCUCCGCCCCGGCGGUCGCCUCGAGCUCAUCGAGGACGACCUCUUUUUCCCCGCGAUCACCCCCCGCCCUACGCGCGACGCCGCUCCCGCACCCACCGGUUGGAGCACGCCGGGCCGCCGUCCCCGCACCGCGAGCACCGUCGAGACUUCGCGUCGAACCCCCAUCCCUCGCUCCGCCUCCACCUCGCGCCCGGGCUCGCCUCUGCUGGGCUCGAUAGAUCAAGACAAGCCGCUCCCUGACCUGCCAUGGCCGUUCGCGACCCCAACACGGCGCCGCACUCAUCGGCGCGUGCAGUCCGACAUCGACUUCGCCUUGGACGUCGCUCAAGCGACGUACCUCGAGAACGCGUUCGGCGCGAUGCUGGCUAGACAACGCAUUGCGCCACGGCCCGACGCUGUCAUUUCUGCUGCGCUCACAAACGCGUUCGGUGACGAGUGGGUCCGUCAGACGCAGGAGCUCGAGCUCUCGGUGCCGUCGCGCGCGCUCUCCGAGCGCUGCCAGAGUGCGGGGAUCCGACCGCCGACCGCACCCGCGGGGGCCGCACCGGGGGCCGUACCCCACGGGCAUGGGCACCAUGGGCGGCGCACAAGUGAGGACGAGCGGCCGAAGCACGAGCGACUCGCGGCGGCGCCUAUCCCCAUCCCGCCUCCCGCCUCGCCCUCUAGGGCACGGUGGAGCGAUGAGCCCCACGCGCACACGCCCGCGACGCGGGAGAUGGCGGCGAAGGCGCGAAAGGUGCUCGUGGACGGCGGAGAGAUCCAAGGCCCGACGGGGCCGUACCAGCCGCCAGGGUUGGUGCUGCUGCCGGCGACGUUGCUUCCGUGCUCUCCGCUGGAGCUGGAGAUGCACGCGUGCAAGCAUAUGAACACCUUGUUGGGGUGCAAGAAUGCGUUGACGGAGUACCUGGUGGUGAAACGGGAUAAGGAGGGCAAGAGGUGUGUUUCGGAGAAAAUGGUUGCGGAUUUUUUGUGGGAGUACGACCUCUUUCGUAGGAAACGGUUCAACUGGCCUCAAGAUAUACCCGACCUCAAAUUCCUAGACAACGUCGACGACGAUCACGACAGCUUGUCGCAGAGUCUCCCUCCCUCCCCACCUCCCAUCAAGACAUCCACCUUCUUGAAAGCUAUCUCCGGCCCCACUUUCUCCAAUGGGCCUUCUCCGCCCUCCCUUCCGGCCGCAGCGACGUCUUCCGCGUUGGACUUGCGGGUUCCGUGCGGGGAUGAGCAAUCGACCCACGUACGCACCAUUCGGGUGUACGAAGCACUGAAGCCCUCGGGGUGCCGGUGCGGCUGUCACCAUAGCGGGCUGAGCAAGUGCCCGUGA